UUUCGCGAUGAGCCGAUGUGAAGUGUGCAAGUUGUGAAAAGGAUUGAUGUCAAUUGAGUGAUACGACGAAAGUGUCGCAGAUUGCAGGGCCGGUUCAACCGGCAACAUCAUGUUUCGUUCGAAGAAAGACGUUGAUCGCCACGUGCAGAAUGUGUUUUGCAAGUUGCGAAACGAGAACGAGAAAAAUCUUCGUUGUUACAAUGUUGCCAAAUUGUAUUAUCAAGUAGGUGAUUAUGAGUCCACAAAAAGAUAUGUAUUUAAUUACUUAGAGAUACGAGAUAGUUCUGCCAGUGCACAUAAAUUAUUGGGUCAAGCUUAUGAAGCGCUUGGCCAAAAGGAAGCAGCUUUUAAUGAGUAUAAAAUUUCUCUUGAACUCGAAGGGAGGCAAGAUGAUCUGGUCUUGAAAAUAUGCGAAUUAUUGGUUGACAUGGACAUAGGAAUGGAUGUUACUAAACUGAAGUAUUGGAUAGAGAGAGCUGAUAAAUUAUUUCCACAUAAUCCAAUAAUUUUUCAAUUAAAAGAAAAACUUUUGACUAUAGAAAAACCAAACAACAGCAGUGAGGAUCUUGAGGCACUUAUUGCAUCUGAAUUGGCCGCAAGACCGACUGAUGUACAACUUCGUAUCAAAUUGUUAAAUUAUUACAUGUCGGAGCAUAGAUUGGAUAAAGCUUAUGAACAUGCCAUCAGUGUAGAGGCCACUGUCCCUCAUAAGGACAACGUUGUGUGGUAUCAGCUGCUGUACGAAUUAUUAACAAAAUAUAAAGAGACUAAAUCUCUUGACUGGUCUUUUUGGUUGUUCUAUAUAUCUGUAUCUGAUAAAUAUGUGAGACUAUGUCUUAAGGAACAAGGAGGUCAAACAAAGAAAAGCAUUCAAGAGGCAGCUCAGGCAGUAUUUAAUUUUGACCAAAAUCUGAACGAGAUGAAGUCAAAAAAUUUUUCUAAACAACACACUUUUACGGAACACUUGUUUACGCACAUGUGGGGCCAGUUGCACUUCCACUUGGCGUGUUUGCUAUUACGCAAAACGAAACGCGAGCAAGGCAGUUGGAAUGAAGCAGGAAGACUGUGCUCACCGCUGUUAUUAACUGCAUUACACGUGGCCCCAUUGGAAAACCGUAUACGCAUACAAUUAGAGGAUGAAUUUAAGAAUCAAUUCAAUAUGUGGGCAAUGGAGGCAGCAUAUCGAUGUUGCCAAGCUGGUUACAUUCUUCAAAAUUAUGCUAGGGAUGACACGAAAAAGCUGAUGGAUAGAAUUGAUAAAUUUUGCACAGGACUCUGGAGAGAACGGAUUUAUCAGAGAAUUUUUGUAACCCGAAUACACCUUGAUCAUAUAAGGAAUUCAUUUUUUUGCCAUCAUCAUUCAGCUCCUGAUCCACCUUUACGCAUGUGUACCGCAAAUCAGUUAAGGACUUAUAGUCAAAUCGCACAAGAGGUGUGGCCUGAUUCAUUACACCAUCAAAUCUGGCUUGGGAUGGAGAAUCGACCUCAGAACAAAGAUGCUCCGUACCCAGAUCAAACCUCACACGUAUUCCCAGCGUUACAGUUUUCGGUAUUUAAUACGAAUCAGGCAGCACCUGACAGCCUAUGUCUCAUCGAUAUCGAUGCAUUCCUCAACGCAUCGAUAUUCUGCUCGUCCGCUGUUCUAGAGGAACAGCAACUUGGUAGCUUUGUAAAUCCAGAAAAAUUACCGACAUUGCCUAUCGAUCUUACUACGACGUUGUCCACAAGUAAUCAAGAGAAAUGGUGGUCAGCGGCAUAUAAGAUGUAUUCCAAGCGAGAGGAUGUAGACGGUGAUAUCGGCGAAUUACGACAAGAAUUGCAACAAGGAUUGGGAAUAAUUCGCUGCAUUGGUAAUCACGGCAUGCAUCCGGUGUUAUUGGUACAUUUGGCACGCAUGUUUCAUUAUCGCGCGAAAAUGAUGAAGGAGAAGGAUGAGGCGAAUGGCUACAUUCCUAGAUGGGAAGCACGCUCUGAGCUGUACUGGACCGCCGCUCUACCGCUGUUAGAGAGGAUACAGAAUAAUCAAACAUUACGUAUAUCUCCGUCGAAAUUGUUCAAUUAUCAGGGCAAAGAAAUGAACAAUUUCGAGCUGACGAAUGCGCUUGAGGAAGGCAAGUUACUAUUGGCCCAGCGACUCGUACGUGAUAAACAGUACGAGCAGGCAAUCGACGCGUUGCAGGCGCUUAAAUGCCCGGAAGCGUCAUUUCAGCUAGCACAGAUUUAUAAAAUCUUUGCAGACGAGAUAGUGGAUUCUACGCCUCGCGAAAGUCUAACGUCAGAGAUGCGAUCGCAACAUAUUAUAAUGCUGUCAAAAGCGAGAAACUGCUUUUAUCUUACGCUCGACCGACUUCGUAGUCCGGGCACGAAUCCUAAACACCCACUGAACUCCGAGCUCGGCACUCACAUCACUGAUAUUGAGAAUGAGUUAAAAAGAAUAGAUCCAGAUCUAGGAAGGGGCGAUUUGAGUAGGAAUGAUAUCGAUGGUAUAUCCGACGAGAGUUAUUCACCCACUCACAGCGCUGUGGAUCAGGCGGUCACGAAUCCGACUUUGCCAAUGUUGACGACGUUGACUGGUUCGAACAUGUUAAGCACUCCUCAGAGGAAUAUUCAUCGGACACCAAAACACGCUAGCACACCGUGCAGAUUGCAGGAUUAUUUGAAUUUAUCAAAAAAUCGUACGGAGGCACGUCCGAGUCCAGAGCGCCUUGAUGCUCAAAUACGUCAAAUUAUGCAGUCCCGGGACAACGAAAUACAGGAAAUGAUGGAGCAAAUGAAAAACAUGAUGAUACAAAUGAAAACGUUGACCGAAAAAAUGGACAAUCUGACGAAGGAGGUAGUAGAAUCGCGCAAAGAAAAUCAAAAGCAUCAGCAACAGCAGCAGCAGCAGCAGCGUGUACAGCAGCAACAGAAUAUAAAUCCCGCUGUCGAUCCUGAAGACUUCUACGUUCUUGACGAUGACGAGUAUGUCGAUUUAAACUAUCAGAACCAACCGACUGGGCCGGCGUCUUCGAUUUCCAGUAACAUAUUUACACCGCAGCAUGCUCGGCAUCCUUAUUCAUCGCUGAUGUAUCCUUCAGCAGCAACCGCAUUUCAGUAUUAUCAGGGAGGAUUACCAUUCCCCGAUCCAAACACUCAGGCAGCCAUAUCAUCCCUUUACCCACACACUGUUUAUCCUAUGCCCAUGCUAUAUCCUAAUCAGACGAAAGUGCCGGAUAAUCCGCUGCAACAAGGCCUCUUCGCAUCGACACUUUCCUCGCAGCUGCCCGAUCUCAUGUCGGCAACCGCGACGAAUCCAUCGUUACAAAUGUCGUUGAAGCAGAAAAUCGAAACUCCAUCACGAACUAAGCCCGAAGUUACAACAAUGACAGCGACAACUACGACAACUACGACGACAACGACAAUUAUCAAAGAUGCGCUGGUGAACAAAGCACUUCCUGUGAAUGUGGUCAUUACGACAUCCGACACGCUACCAACCACGGUACCAUCUACUCAACCGACCCUGAGUGUCACCAUACCACCGCAAUAUCGAUUAGGAGGUGGAGUAGCUGUCACUUUCUCUACUACGCCUAUAAUGACAAUGACGACAACAAAAUCAUCAUCUUCCAAUGUACCGCAUUGCUAUCAGAUUCCCAUGCCUCUACAAGCCACUAUACCGACCACUGUCAACUUACCAUCAACUUCUACUUAUGUAACUCCAGCCAACAUCAAUGUACCGCCGAUCUAUGUCAAUCUAACAACAUCAUCGUCUAUUGUCACUGUGACUCAUACAACUAGCACUAGUACUUUACAAAAUGCUCAUAAUAAUGCUAAUAGUAGUAAGAUACAUGACAAAACCGACAAUAUCUAUGAGUCAAUUGAAUCGCCGAAUACAUCCACAGAGGUGUGCGAGCAGGAGCAUGAUCCGAUACCGAACUUUAUACCCGUCAUACCAUUGCCUGCAAAGGUGAAAGUCACCACUGGUGAAGAGAACGAGGAUACUCUAUAUUGCGGUCGGGCAAAACUGUUUCGCUUUGUUGAUAAAGAAUGGAAGGAACGCGGCGUCGGUGACGUGAAACUGUUGCGCAACACAGAAGGUAAAGUGCGUCUGCUUAUGCGUCGCGAUCAGAUCUUGAAGAUCUGUGCGAAUCACAUGCUGAGGCCCGACAUGGAGUUGAGUCCAAUGACGAACAACAACAAGGCUUGGUUUUGGGUCGCUAACGAUUUCGCUGAUGAGGAAGUGAAGCUGGAGAAAUUUUGCAUCAGAUUCAAAACCGCAGAGGAAGCGAUGACAUUUAAGGAGGCUUUCGAUCAGGCCAGAUUUAAUUUAUCUGCAAUAUCUCCGGAAAAGGCGUACAAAAUCAGUGAGAAAGUUUUCACUGCUUCUUCUAGCAACAAAGAUUCGUUCAAGACUCAAAAAUCACAAUUAACACAACAAGAUAAGAUAAGCUCAACAACGGAAGUGAUUUUCUCUGACAAAUCGAAAUCCAGCACGACAACAUUAGGAGGAUUUUCCUUCAGUUCUAAACCUAUUAUUCAAGAAGUCAGCGACAUGAAAGCAGAUGACUUUAAGAAAAUCGACGAACCAUCGAAAGUCAGUCCAUUCAGCGGAUUUUCAUUUACUAAAUCAACCAAUACAUCCGAAACGAAAAUCACGACUACAACUGCAACAAGCGCCAUCUCGAUGCCAUCUGCGAGUUUUAUCCUCGCUACGAUUUCAACAACAAAUUCGCAGUCGACUGUUGUGAACACAACUUCCAAUGAGUCACCAAUGUUUGCCUCAUCCACAACAACCAGUCAGAAUUCUACAACCUUGAGAAGACCUCGUUUGCCACCACCCGGCGUCAUUAACCAGGGAUCGUCUAACGACGAAAUACGACCACAGACUGAAAAUGAGCAUAAGUUAUUUGUUGGACCAGCGAGUCUUCAAUGUCAAUCUGUCAACGGUACCAAUGCCAUGCAGUGGAAAAAUAAGGGUACAGGAUCAAUGAUGCUAUUAUUGAACGCAACAUCCGGUAAACUUCGCUUGUUACUGACAGAUGACGAAAGCUCUAAGAUCUAUAGUUACGGAAUUCCGUCGGAUAUGGCGUUUACAUACAAGAAUGGCACUACAGUUGUUAAUUGGACUAUUCCUGGAAACGUUAAAGAACCCAGUAAAACCUGGACUUUAUAUGCCGCGACCUUUAACACAUCGGAACUGGCAUCACAGUUUUACAAUGCCGUGUCGAGCUGUCAGCAGAAGCUAGCUAAAGGCAGUAAUCCGAACGAAGUCGCGAAGGCACUCGAAAAGAAAGUUCAGAUGUCGGGCGAGAACAACAAUCAAAACGUCACAGAAGCGAAGCCAUCAUUGUCGGAAUUAUUUAAACCACCAAUUGGUUCUUGGGAAUGUACUAGUUGUUACACUAGAAAUAAUUCCACGGAUAUGAAAUGCUUAGCUUGCGAAGCUCCGUCAUCUUCUACGACGAGUAAUAAGAACGUUUCCGCAGUUGUUAGUAAACCCAUUGAUUCCAAACUACCAUUGUCAGAGCUAUUUAAGUCACCCAUCGGCUCCUGGACUUGCACAGGAUGUUACAUUCUCAAUUCUGGAACAAAUGCCUAUUGCAUCGCCUGCGAUAGUUCCAAGGAUCCAUCGCAACCGCCUAAGCCGCAGCAGGCUAACAUCUUCCAGAUGAACGCAUCAUCUUCCGGCAUAAUGCCUAUGACCACAUUCUCUUUCGGCAUUCCCAAAAACACCGCCAAGGAAACGACCGUUACUGGUUUUAGCUUCCGAAUGUCACAGGACAAGAGUGCAAGUGAGAGCGCGAAAACUCCAUCUAAAUCCGAGGAAACUAUAGCCAAUUUCAUGUUCGGUAUGCCAGUGAAAAGCAGUACUACAUUAAAUACAGGCGAUUCACCGUUUACGUUUGGCUCACCCGCCAAGUCCUUCGGCUUUAAUUUUAUGGCCAAGUCACCGGCUAAAUCGCCUGGCGGCGGUGGUGGCGAGAUCAGCGAAGACGAGGUGGUUGAGAGUGAAGAUGUCCACUUCUCGCCAGUUAUACCAUUGCCAGACAAAGUCGAGGUGAAAACCGGCGAGGAGGAUGAAGAGAUGCUCUAUAGUCAUCGAGCGAAACUUUUCAGAUUCGACACCACGGUAAAGGAAUGGAAGGAACGUGGAUUGGGUGAUAUCAAGCUGCUGUGUCACAAAGAGACCGGGAAACUGCGGCUGAUCAUGCGUCGGGAUCACGUAUUAAAGUUAUGUCUGAACCAUAUACUAUCUAAUGAGCUGGAGUUCACAUCGAAGGACGAGAAAACAUGGCUAUGGACCACUGCGGAUUACAGCGAAGGCGAGAUUGAGUACAUGCAAUUCGCUUGCCGCUUUAAGACAUCCGAGAUUGCAGCAGAUUUCAAAAAAGCGAUUGAUGACGCCAGGAAAAAUAUUAAACCAGCCACUAUCAGCAGUAGUGAGAAGAUAAAUAAAUCUAUGACGAAAACGGUGACAAAAACGAUCAGCUCACCAGUCAAAGAAAUCGAGAUUGUUUACGAGGCGAAGGUCACUCCGGAAGAGAAGGCAGCUGCCUUAAAGUUGCAGCUACCAGUAAACUUUUAUUCUUACAAGCAAAAAGAAAACUGCCCUGGCUGCAGAGGUUGUAGGAAACCGAGUAUAGUGCUAUAUCCAGAUACCGCUGGGCAAGACACGAUGAAGUUUAUGCCGGAAGAAAAAAAGAUGACAACGCAAUCGAAAGACAUCUCAAGCUUGAGUAUAAGUUCGUUGAGCGAUCCUGAGAGUACCAGUGAGAUUACUCGGAACGUAACGCAAUCUGCGUCUGUGAAAAAUGGAUUCUCUUUCGCGACAUCCACUGCGACGUUCAAGUCUUCGACUAUUCCCAAUAUCGACAGUUCCACGAUGAGCUUUGGUACUGGCGAUCUGAAAUUGUUUAACGACAAGAAAACCACGACUUUUUCAUUCGGCAUGAAUCCUCAGUUCGAUACUAACGAAACGAUGGAGAAGACAACAGCGAUGAUGACAUCGAGUGUCUCGCUUGAAAAUCUCAAGAUCUGUAGUGCUUCAAAUGCUCAAACGACACAGACAACUGUUUUCAACGCGACUAACACAGUCGGAAAAAGUCCGAUAUUUAGUCAAGCUGCAUCGACUGCAUCCAUAUUCAAGCCAUCUACUUUUUCUUUCAAUUCCGACACCAACAUUUUCGGCGGCGCCUCAAAAACUUCAUCGAAAACAUCAAGCUUUAAUAAGGAUAGCGGUAAUAGUUCCGUUUCUUCUUCCAUUGCUACCGUAGCUAUUACAAAUUUUGUUCCGAAAACAUCGACCGUAAUCACCACGUCGUCAAUCGCAUCCAAUCAGUCCUCUAACUCGGUAUUCGGCGUAAACUCUACGCCUUUCUCUAAAAUGACGCUUGGUAGCAAUAGUGUUUUGCCAUUCAGUGAUUCUAUAACGACGACAAACAUCUUCGGCGGAAUGACCGCAACAACGACGAAUUUGUUCGGUGGAACAACAGCGCCAGCAACGACAAACAUCUUUGGCGGAACGACGGUGCCGACGACUGAUUUUUUCAGCAGGACGAUGACACCAAUAACGACAAAUAUCUUUGGUGGGACGACAGCGGCAACAAAUGCGACGAAUGUUUUUAGUGCGACGGCGACAGUUUUCGGUACGAAACCAUUAGAUGACGUUCAGAAAAAUGAGGAUGGUCCCAGUUUCUUAUUGGCAAAUAACAUGUCAUUUUCGGCGCUUGCUGCGACGGCGGUGCAACCGGAGGCCUUUAAAGUCGAUCCUAACUUUACGUUUGCUGGCGCGGGAUCAUCGGUGUUCGGUUCGAAAUCCAGUACAUCGCUGAAUAGUUCGAUGACGAUUCGAAACACAUCGCGCGAAGAGCAAAAGGAAGAAAACGAUGAAGACGAUGGCGAAGUAGAUAAUGAACAGGAGCACGAUCCUCACUUUGAACCUAUUGUACCUUUACCAGAUACUAUUGAAGUCCGAACUGGCGAAGAAGACGAGGAAAAAGCGUUCUGUCAAAGAGCCAAGUUGUACAGAUAUGACAAUGCCACGAAGGAGUGGAAAGAGCGUGGCGUCGGCGAAAUGAAGAUCCUGCAUCAUGUAGGUCAUGGCAGCUAUCGGUUACUGUUGCGUCGGGAGCAAGUGCACAAGGUCGUCUGCAACUUCUUGAUCACUCCCGACGUAGAAUUUCAUCCACUUUCUACAUCAAAUCAGGCUUGGAUGUGGGCCGGCAUGAAUUAUGCCGAACAAGAACCCUGCGCCGAACAAUUAGCGGUUAAAUUUAAAUCGCCCGAUUUGGCUCGGCAAUUCAAGGCACAUGUCGAUAACAUUCAGCAAGAAUUACGCGAGAAGAGAAUUGCUGAAGGUGAAAGAUGCAUCGGAGAAGCGGAGAACAGUGAAGAUCGAGGUCAUGAUGUGGAUGAGGAAGAAGAAGAGGAUGAUGAGGAUGAGGAGGAAGACGAAGAAGAUGAUCAAGAGAUGCUUCCUAUAAUCGAGAAACGUGCUACUGUAUUCGCGAGAUGGCCGGAUAACAAUAAGUGGGAGAGUGUGGGCUUAGGGAACCUAGCAAUUCAUUACGAUUCCGAGAUCUACGCGGAGAGAAUCGUCUUGAAGCUCGACGAUUCUGAAGAUUACGCUAGCAACACUAUUAUCAGCAUAGAUACAGUAAUGCGGGUGGAGGGCAAAGAAUGUAUUUGGAGCGGGAUCGAUUACGCCUUGGAUCCUCCAGAGCGUAGAGUUCUGAGGGCAGUCUUCUCGUCGAUACAAGCGGCGCAACAGAUGCAUACUUUCUUCGAAGAUGGAGUAGACAGCGCAAAACAAGCCGGUGUCGUCGAAUAUCAUGAAGAAGAAUGAAGAUUUUUAUUAGCUAAUAUAAGUAACUGCUAAUUGACUGUUGUUACAUAAUUCAUUACCUUCCUAUAAGUUAGCGUAAAUAUGAAUUAAACGGGUUGUUUCAUGUCAUUCUUCUCAAGUUAU